AUGUAAUGCAACUGGAAUGAAUUUAAAAUAGCAUUUGUUAUCUUAGCAAUAUAUUUGAGGCAUUUUUACGAAUACUAAGGUUGUGUCUCCAUCAUUCUAAAUCCCUACAUUAGAACAAACAUUACAAUGGUUGGAGAAAACAGUGGAUGGCUAGCUGCAAAAUAAAAAGUAUACAUAGAGUCUAAAAGUUGGGAUAUGUAUAUCGAUUUGAAUAAAAUUGUUUAUAAUAAGUAGAGCAAUUAUAUUGCACAAGGGUUUGAACAAAUGAUAAAAAUGAAUACCAUUUCUGAGCAACCAACAUAAUCAUCCAGUAAUUCGCUAUUAGAUUAUAUUUGUCUGUUAUAGGAAAUUUAGUGUCGCAUAUAGCAAAAUAAAAGUAAGCAACGAAAAAUAGUCUACAAGUUCUAAUUGAUCUUACAAAGUGAAAAAUCCCUUAAGCGUUGGGUACAUCUAAAAGUAUUUCAAACAAUGCAACUUGAAUUAGAAUCUAUGAAUGUGAUGCAAUAACUCGUUAACUCUACACCAAACAUCAAUAUUAGAAAUGUGAGAGCUCUUCUUUUAUUCAGUCAAUAAUAAGCAGCUUUCGAGACCCAUAACCUUAUUAAUUAUAUUUAAAAGGCAUGCAAAAUAGUUCAGGAAAAAGGACUUUAAGAUAAUUAUGGAUCAAUUUUAAUAUAAAUUUCAAUCAUAACUUUUUAGUAAUUGUUCAAGCACAUUGCAUGUUUAUUUGUUAAUCGAUAAAUGUAUUCAUUAAUAUUACAUGCAGAACAUCUAGUUAUAAGAAAAUUUUGCUUUACUUUUGAAACUUCAGAUAAUAUUUGUUUCAUAUUUACUAUAAGAAUUUUUGUCUGUGUGCAUAGAAUGGGUGUAUGAAUCACAAUAGUGUCAUAAUAACUCUUUAAAGAACUGAUUUGCAUAUCAUAAUAUAGAAAUGAAUAAUCUAUCACUAUCUAAAACCUGAUUAACAAAUUGUUAGUAAAAUUUAAACAAGGAUUUGUUUCUAUGUGAAUUAACAGAACACCUAUUUGUGUAGUAAGAUGAAGCCUUUUAUAAUUAUUGCAGCAGUGCUAUCAACAAUAAUUAGCAAAAUAACCACAUGAUUUAAACAGUUCAAUGUUUGGAAUUGUGCUGAAAAAAAAGCGAAGCAAUAACCAAGUAGAAAAUUACAUCAUAUUUCGUUAACAAGAAAUAGAUGCUAAUAAUUUUUAAUCAAAACA